CCUUCUCUGGGAGUUUCCAUCCCGGUCGACUCCAGGCUUUAUGUGCAGCACCUGUUCACUCGGCCCCUCUGCUCACUCUGACACACACACACACACACACUGACACACUCACACACACACAGUCUCUCCACACACACACUCAUUGCAAACCUUGUAGACUGCAGAGCAGAACUUCAAGCCACGUUCCUCCUCUGGGAAUUCUUCAUGCUACGGAAAGUGUUUACUUAAAUCUGGAUUCUUGUCAAGCAUGCCUGAUGUUCACACAGUGCUCCUGGACUUCUGCAUGGACUGUGAAGAACUUUGGAGAACUUUUCCUGAUGCUUUGGUGGAACGUGGUGUGAGCUGUUGAUGGUUCUUGAUUGUCCAACUUUUUUUUUUGCACUUUUUUAGUUCUGUCCUGGAUUUUGGAGAACUUUUGCAGAUUUGAAACUUUGAGAACGUUGCAGAAGCUGAGGACUCUGGUGUGAGGACUCUUCUCCAUCACGACUAUGUGGUUUCGACUUCUCCUCGCCUCGUUAUUCCGCGUGCGGGAUGUGUGUGUAAGGAACGGCUUCUCCGUGUGCUCAUGCUGAACGGGACUCCAGCGUGUAUCCAGUGCGUAAAGCUGAGCCAAAUGAUUCCUCUUCUUCUCCUCUCUCUUCUGUUGUCUCUUCUUCAUGGGUCGGAGGCGGAAUCCACGCUCCUCGCUAAGCUUCACCACUCCAAUGGAAAAGAGCACAAUGGAGUUCAGGAGUCUCAGCAUGAGAAGGUAGUGAUGGUCAGCGGGGACGGAGUCGUCCACAGUCCCGGGUUUCCGCACACUUACCCACGCAGCACUGUGAUCGCGUGGAGGCUCGUGGCAGCCAAUGAGAACGCCAGGAUUCAGCUGACCUUUGACCCCCGCUUCGGCCUGGAGGAUCCUGAGGACGGCGUGUGCAAAUAUGAUUACGUGGAAGUGGAGGAACCUGAUGGAAGUCUGGUGCUGGGUCGUUGGUGUGGCUCUCAGUCUGCUCCUGGGCCUCAGACGUCCAAAGGGAACCAGAUUCGUAUUCGCUUCAUUUCAGACGAGUACUUUCCCUCUGAGCCAGGUUUCAGCAUCCACUACUCUGUCCUGCAGCAGAAGCCGGCCGUGCCCGCCCUCAUGCCCGCGGCUCUGCACAGCGUGGAGGCAAUGAGUGAAGCCGUGGCUGAAUUCGGCACGGUGGAGGAGGUCCUGAAAUACCUGGAGCCUGAUCGCUGGCAGCUCGACCUGGAGGAGCUUUACAAGCCCACAUGGCACGUCUUGGGCAAGUCCUUCUUCCACCAGAAAAAAAACAGAGGCGUGGUGGAUUUGAACCUGCUCCGGGAGGAGGUCCGGCUCUACAGCUGCACUCCUCGUAAUUAUUCGGUGUCCCUGCGUGAGGAGUUGAAGAGGACGGACGUGAUUUUCUGGCCCAGCUGCCUGCUGGUGAAGCGAUGUGGCGGAAACUGUGCCUGCUGCUCGAACAACUGCUACGACUGUCAGUGCACUCCCACUAAAGUGACCAAAAAAUACCACGAGGUCCUGAUGCUGAAAUUCAGACCAGGUCGAGGCUCGCUGAAGUCACUGACGGACGUGGCGCUGGAGCAUCAUGAGGAGUGCAACUGCGAGUGCAAGAACGACUGAAUGAGGAGCUUCAAUGAAGAAAUAUUUAUUCGAUGGACUUUGUUUGUACUACGAUGUUCAAGCUAAUAAAACGGAGAGAUAAACAGGUUUUAUGUGGACAUGGCUCCAGUAUCGGUCAUCUCCCAGAUCUGUGGAAAAAACUUCUCCUUGGUCCAGUUGAAAUAUUGGGCAGGAUGAUGGAUCAUUUAACAUUUUCAACAUGGACAAAAAGAUUUUUUUUAAUGAUCUUUGCUUCUAAUUAUGCUCCAGAAAAGGACAUGAGCAUUUUCUGUUUUCUGUUUUUACCUUCUGAUGCUCUUCAUCCUUCUCCAAACCUCACUGGAUUUUUUUUAUGAUAUCGUGAACCUCUUCACUGGAGGUCGCUGUGGACCAGAGGAGAACCUCCAACUUUUACUGAACUGAUUUUUAAUUCAAGAGAGAAGAAAGGAGGACAGAGAGAGACUGUUUACGUCUUCUUUACGUUACAUUUGGCUCCAUAUGAAAGAUGUAAAUGUCUCGUGGCAUUCUCUUGAAAUGGAGGCUAGGAGAACGUUCAGGGAAAGAGAAGAGUGCAGAAGAGGCUUUUUUUUCUAUUUUUAUUUUUUUUCUUUUUCAGUGUCCUUUCUGCAGCUCAUUCAUCAGACGUCCCAUGGUGGGGUUCGAGAUGAGCGAGGCGGCCCGAGUGAGCUCUUUUUGUAGAUUUUUAUGCAUUUUCAGUGAUGUAAAUAGCCUUCCUGUUCCGGUUUUCUUGAGUUUUGUAUCUUUGUUUUUAUCAGUCAUGUGCCUUUUUUAUGCAGAUCACACUGUCACACUGAUUUCCUCUUUAUUAUCGUGUUAAUCAGCCACAAGUCCAACACAGCGAAAUCCAGCAACAUCCACAGUGUUGAAUGAGCUCUUAUAGGAUCGUAUUCAAAAGAUAUGUCAAAUAGAGGCACAAAUAAAGUGCUACUAAUAAUUCUUUCGAUUUUUAACGCUCUCAUUAAGCCUCUCAGGCCAAAUAACAAAAUCAAAAUCAGGCAGUGGAC